AUGCCACAAUUUCUAGACCUUCCUGCCGAACUCAUCCACGUCAUAUCGGAAUUUCUGGAUGACGAGCACGCGAUAAAUUCUCUUCUCCGAACAAAUAAACGACUCUUCGCACUCCUCAACCACUCCCUCUACCUCCACAAUGCUCAGUCUCCACACCCGACAGCCCUCGAAUGGGCCGCCAGACAUGGCUUUGAGAGAACGGUGCGCCAUGCGUUGAAGGCCGGCAUUUCACCAACCGAGGCCUAUGAAGAAAAUUGGGUACCCUUGGCCUUGGCUUGUAUUCAUGGACAUGAAGACGUGGCACGCCUUUUGCUUGAACUUGGCGUCGAUCCGGACCUCGGUGAGGGUGAGGAAUGGUACCGAUUCAACAACGAUGAUGACCCAAUUGAUGAUGAUCAUCAUCAUAAAGGCCUGGUCGCAUUGGCUAUUUGUGGAGGCCAUGAGUCUAUUGUGAAGCUCUUGAUUAAGUUCAAGGCCCCAAUCGAUCCUCAGACAGCGUGGGACGAAGAGGCGUCUCUUGGGCUAGCGGUUAUCGCUGGACACUUGCCUAUUAUAAAGCUGCUGGUAGAAAAUGGCUGUAAGCUUGAGGAUACAUUAAGCCCGCUUAUUUCUUAUGCUGUCAUAUCGGGAAAUUUUGAGAUCGCCGAGUACCUGCUCGAUCAAGGUGCCGGUCCGGAUCUUGAAGAAACAGAGUCUUAUAUUUGUCAAGCUGCUUCAGCCGGGCACUGCAAGAUACUCAUUUUGCUUGUGGAAUACAUGCUGUCGGAAUACGCAAGUAAUCCGGACGGUCCUAUUCGUGAUGUCGCGUCGAUGCUCAAGACGCCUUUAUACCUCGCCGUGGAUCACGGUCAUUUUUCUACUGCCGUAAUGCUCCGGGACAUUACUAAAUUAUCAGAACAGGUCGAUAGUCUGUCUCUCAACUGCAUUGAUCAAGAAUUACUCCUCUUGGCCGGUGCUGCCUGCGGGUGGGAAUCUAUUGUGCGGAAGCUACUUGAACAGGGUGUUUCGCCUGAUACUACCUCUCCGAGUGAUUCGGUCUUUCAAUACAUUAAGCCUAGGGGUCUACCAAAUGAUCUUUGUCUCCGGGAAAAGCACGGUACCUCAGCAUUGGCAUUUUCUGCUUUUCACGGCCAUCUGGGGACCACUCAGCUUUUGCUUGAAUACAAUGCCAGCUUGGGGGAAAAGCGGGAAGAAAUCUACGCAGCAAACCCGCUCAUGGUGGCAGUCUCUCAAGCUCAUUUGCCCAUCGUGCGUGCCCUUUUAGAUCAUGGGGCGGAUCCGAACUAUCGACAGCAUGACGAAACAUAUGUCCUCCACCAGGCCGUACCGUCGCCCGAGAUAUUUGAGCUUUUGCUUGAUCGAGGAGCUAGCGCUGAUCGGGAUGAUUUACCAUACAACAUAUCGCUGCUGGUCAAGGCUCUCCAGGAAGGAGCCAUUGAUACCAUGAGAAUCCUCCAGCGAAGGGGGAUUCUUGAUUCACUGUUACAAGAUGAACGGGGCGAAGCUCUUAUACUCGCCGUCACUGGGGGUGUCCGUGCGAUUGAAUAUCUUCUGUCCCAGGGUUACAAGGUCACGCCGAACAGCGAAGAAGCCCAACUUGCACUUGUGAGUGCCAUCGAGGGGUCCAAUACCGAGGUCAUCAACCUGCUCUAUGCAAGGGGUUUGGUAUUCGACUUAUCUGUGGUAGACAGAAGGAACCUCUUGGAGUAUAUACACUAUUCAGAAUUCCCGGAUAUCAUGGAAAAAAGCAUUUCUACCGUGGAAACAUUACUCGCGCAUGGGGUCGAUAUCACUGCUGGUCACAAUAUUCUUUCCAACCUUCUCAGGGGGAUGGAUCACCUCUCCGUCACUGAGAUGAACCCAUAUUUCGCGUUAUUGUUGGACCGCGGUGCAGAUCCACUUCAAUCGCGACAAGGCCAGAGGAGCCCAUUAGAGGUAUCUGUGCGUGACAUAGACAACGCGUCACUAACCCAUAUAAUGUUGAAUGCAUUAAAUAGUCGGAGUCUCAGUCCAAAGGAACUCAAGAAACUUGCCUAUGUCGAAGCAAAAGCCCGUGAACUGGGCAGUUGGAGUGUGGUACGGCAUAUUUGUCGAAUUCAUUGUCGGAUGAAGUAUGAAGGUCUGCCGAAACAUCCUGCCUAUCCGGGUUGA